AUGUUUCAUCAUCAAGACUUUAAUAUUGAUUCGGACGACGAUGAUCACGAAUUGUAUCACUACAUUCAUGAUAGAACAUCAGUAAAGACAACGAAAAAGAAUAGACAUCCCAAAAAAAAGUUAUCAAUCUACAAAGAAAAGAAAAUAUUAAAACAAAGAACAAUAUCUUUUAAUCAUGAUCUAUCAAAUGGUCUUUGGGAAAAGACAAGAUUACUCCAGUUACAAAUCCAAGAUACCAUUGAACUGAAAAUAGAAUCGGAUAGACAAAACACUACAUCUAAAUAUGGUGUCAAGUGGGAGGAGGAAAAUACUUUAACAGCAGUGAAUUGGAUCCUCUCUCACCUAACCACAGCAAACCAGAUUUGGCAUCAAUAUCAUCCAUGUACUCGGUACCUUUUAUCAGUCGUAGUACACUGA